GCAUCGUCCAUUGGUCCAGCUAGAAACGUGACGUCUGACUUACCAAAUGCCUGAUGAGGCGAAGAGGAACUCUAAACUCAUCUCUGAUCGACUAGAUAAUUCUUUAGGCUACCAUGGAUAUACCUGUCUGGUUAGGGAACCACCUCACAUUAUGUGUUACGUAAGAGUCAAUCCUAUCCGCAUUACGGAAUAUCUUUUCUUCGCAAUUUUUGGACAAAAGAAUACCGACGAUUUCUCGAUUUCGACGAGGCAACCAAAAUGGACGAUAUAUUUAUUUAAGAUAUCAUUCUCUCUCUACAUGCUUGUCACCGUUAUCAUCUUGAUCAAUCUUCUAAUUGCUAUGAUGAGUGACACUUAUCAAAGUAUCCAGUCGCAAAGUGAUAUAGAGUGGAAAUACGGACUCAGUAAACUUAUACGUAAAAUGCAAAAAACACGAACUGCUCCCUCGCCGUUAAAUCUGUUCACCACGUGGAUAAUAUAUCUUGUAAAGAUGUGUAAGAAGAAAGCAAAUAAAAAGAAGAAAAUGAACGUAAUGCAUGGUUUUAUGACGAAACAUACACUUCUGAAAAGUUCAUUCUCUCAAGAUAAUAAAAUACUUUCAUUGGAUCGCAACAAGGUCAACGAUGGUUUCGCUCUACUACGUUCGAGUCCUUUUCAAAGCCAAUCAUCAUUAAAUCAAGCGUCAAAAAUAGAAAAUGUCGUCGAAUGGGACAUCGUUCGUCGGAAAUAUAGAAUGCGUUUUGGAGAUGAGAUAGAGAAACCGUCGGGAGAGGAUCACAUCGUCAAUGGAACGAUAUAAAUGAUCUUAAUUGAU